CUCAUCGAACCUGACGUGGUACGCAGGAAACGAGGUAAGCAUGUGUGCAACAAAUUGGGCAUGGAACGCAUACGUCUGGCUUCUCGUUAGAAUUAGCCCCUCACUUAGCUGUUUUGUCGGAGAGCCGCCAGUUUGCCACCUGGAGUGGUGGCGCUCUGUCUGUCUGCUACUGGAAUUACAAGCCCCGCCAAGCGAACCUAGUGCAUUUCAAGAUCAAUCACAAGACGCCCCUCCGCCAAAACCAGCAUAAUCACAUCACUUGCCCUAUAAUUAGGAGAGAGGUGUAGCUGAUGGGCAAUUGAGAAAGCAUCCAAAACCAUUAAGAAGUCGCAAAAGGGCAACUUACCCGUUUCAUCGCCGACAUUUACGUUCGAUUACCACAUCAAGGAGCGCAGACAUGUGAGAAUAUAUGUGGAUGGCGAAAACUGGCGCCGCAUCAAUUGUACAUUCACCUCCAAUAUAUGCAACUGCCCUCAAGAACCCGUAUCCUGUAUCAUUGGAGCGCCACUCAACGUGAUUGCGUGAAAAUGAAAAAAGCUGUGCUGCCACGUGUCGGUUUGUGUUUUAUUGUUGCUAUGCUUCUAAAGCGCUAUCCGUCAGAUCAAUGUGUUGCUAAUCUUGGCAGCACCCCAAAUGAAUCAAGCAUAAGGCGCCCUGGAGAGGCCGACUCAGCACCACAGGGGUCACCUACAGCUAUAAAUGAGCAUCUUGGGAAAGCAUACGGCGACCGUCGGAGACCGAUACAAGGUACGACUCACACCAGAAUAUGGCCCAGGGGGCGGUUAUGGGCAUUGUCGCGAUUACCUGCUGCAGAGCGAGAGUUGUUGGAGGGGGGACCUUACGUCGGGGGUCAGAGGAGUUCUGACAAAGAAAGGAACGAGAGCGAGAACGACAAAACGCCACGAUCUCGUCGCUGUGACGUCGGGAGAACAUUACUGGAACCAAGGGCUUGUCUACCACGAGGAACAGACAGCGCCUCCUGUUGCAGCUUCUAGCAGUUUCAUGCAGAGCACCACUUCUCUUGCUACGCCUGCUGACCUGAACGCUCCGGUUGACACCCAGGGACAGCUCGAUAUCAACAGCGUCCUGAAGAAUCGACCUCCCGCAGAGGCACAGCUCUCGCCUCGCGAGAUUGCAGCCAAAACCCAUUUCGAAGCAAUGUUUGCCAAAGGCCUGCAACUGACGGUUGAAUCCAUAUUCACCGGAGAAACCUUUACCCUGACAAAACCGGCCCGUUUCUUAGGAUGGGGAUCAACGGCGAUUGUUUUUGGUUUGCACCGCGUGAAAGUGGGCGGAGCAAGUGCUCCACAACAAUUGGCAGCUAAGAUAAACGUCAGGAGUUUGCAAGAACUGCAACAUCUUUCCUCGUCUCAGAAAAAAACGGCUCUUGAGGAUAUACAAGAACGUUUUCUCCGGGAAGAGAGCUCAGCGAGGAAUGCGCUGCAACAUGUGACCCCAGAAACGGCUCUGGAGCACGGUGUCCUCUUCCCAGUUGAUGUUUGCCGUAUUUCUAAAUUGUUCUCCGGAUUUUGUGCAGGCAUUUCCUACGUAAUACUUCCUGUUCUAGCAUUGUUUCCUGUUUUUACUUGCGACCUCCAGCAGGUCGUUAAGAGUGGCCUAUCACGUGCGGCGAAGUUGUAUAUCACCCGGCUGCUGCUGCAGGCUGUUGCGUGGCUACAUGCCAAUGGCGUGGCUCACAACGACUUGAAGCUAGAGAAUGUCCUUCUCAGUGCAGAAGGAAAGGCUGUCAUUGCGGAUUUUGGUUUCGCAGUGAAGCUUGGAACCGCAUCAGCCAUUCAGUUCACUGCUCCCUAUUUGGAUCCGCAAACCGCAGAGGCAGUGCCUCAAGAGAAAACGAAAACGACCGCGAGUGAGGAAAGAGAUGCAUGGGCGUUAGCAACUCUCCUGUUUUUGCUUUGGUGUGGAUCGUUUCCAUACGUAUCGGAUGAGCAGGCCGACCUCCCCACCAGCGACUUGCUGAAAUUGCUGGUGACACUGGGAAAGACAGAAAAGCCAGCGCCGAACUUCCAUCUGUGUAAAGACCUCCCACCUGCGGUGGGACAUCUCGUAACCGCAUUUCUACAGUGGAACAGCGACAAUCGGUCUCGCCCCGGGGAUGUUCUUGACGAUUUCCUUGCUGCUACAGUGUCCGAAGGAGCGAGCGCCUAA